CAGUGUUUUCUUCACUCGAACUGAUUUAGGGUCCAAAGCAAUUUCCCAACAAUCUAGUUUGCUGACAGGAAAAUCGCCAAGAUACAAAACUAAGAAGUAGAUGGUCGAACAGCGAUUAAAUGCAAGGUCACGCAGUAAGCAAGUAACAUGGACACAGCAUCACAGAGGGAAUCCCAGAAGAACGCGAAUCCAAUCGAGGCGCUGAGCAAAGAUGAAAUCAUCAGCAAAUACAAAGGCCUGCUCAACAUUGCCAAGAAAGCAAAGCAGGCAAAGGAUGAACUCACCGAAGAAAAUCGUCUUCUCAAGGAGGCCCUUAAGCGGGCGGCGGAAAAGCAGAGCAGCCUGCCAGUCAUGCAGGAGAUGGUUCAAGACUUCACCGACAAGAACCUAAUUCUGACUGAACAAGUUAACACCCUGAAGCGAAAGACGAAGGAGGAUGCCGAUCGCCUGGCGCAAUUCGAGAUUGAGAACGAGAGUCUGAAGCGCCAGCUAGGGCGGCUGAGUGACGAGAACGAUGUCCUUCUUGCGGAUGUGGAUCGCAUGGAGAAGGCCAUGCAACAGGUCAAUGCCCUGGGCAACGAGCAGCGCAAGAACCUGGAACUGUUAGAAGUGGACAUUGUCAAGAUAAAGGAAGCGGAGGCAGAAAACGCCAGUCUUCGCCAGCAACUGGUCGCGGUGACCGAAGAGUCGAACCUGCAGCAGCAGAAGUACCAAAGCCUCAAGGAGCUUAACUCUGAGCAGCGUAAAAAGUUCAACUCCCUUAAGGAUCGCUUCAUUGACGUCUACCGCAAGUUGAAGAACCUCAAAGAAUGCAAGUGCGUGCUCUUGGAGACCCAACACGAGUACGCCGCCUCUGUGUCUAAGUGGCAGGUGGAGAUCAUCAAGGCGUCACAGCUCCUUUGUGGAAAGCUGUCGUCCUUACAGGCUGAAAACGAAAAACUGAAGCAGGACACUGAAAUGGCAGUAAAUGCGCGUAGCAAUAAUGACGUUGGAAUCGAUUGCAAGCGAUUGUUGCAAAGGAUUCAAGAACUGGACCGCCUGGCAAAAAUAGUGAAGCAGCAGAGGAGUCAUUUGGAUGUGGAGCGUCUUCUAAAGAAAUUGAGUGCCAUCGAACAGUUGGCUAGCAUUGUCAAAGAACAGCAAAGAGUGGACCAGGUACAAUUCGCCGUAGUAACAAGAGAGCAGCAGAAGAACGAGAACCAUUCCAGCAACCUGAACGUUAGCUUUUUCCAGGCCAAACUUAAUCAGAUGCAAUGCCUUGUUCAAGUCAUCGAAAAGGAGCGUAAUAAUCAGCAGAAAAAGUUGCAGGAUCUGGAAGCCAUCUGCAUAGAAUUGCGCCAACACAACGAGGACUUGCUCACUCGCUUCCACCUCAAGGAGCAGGAGCAUGGUGAGUUGCUAACCGAGAUGCGGGAAUUAAACGAGGCGCUGAAAGGACGCGGUGAUGCCAUCUCCCGCCUCCAAGAGCAGCACGAAGCUGCAGUCAAACGUCAGCGGGACUUGGAGGCCCAAUUAACCGGAAGUCAGCAGGCGGCGCAGGAGAAGUCUCAGAAGAUAAACCAACUCCAGAGUCGGCUUGAGGAAUUGGAACAGGCCAAUGCUGAUGCCCAGAGUGACGUCCUCUCCACAUCCACAAUAUCACGAGCCGAGGAACUAAGUCGUUUGCGAGAACUAGACGAGGGCUACGAGGAGAAGUACCACAAACUGAGGGCCUUGGCUGCCAAGCUGAAAAAGAAGCUGCAGGAGCAGACGCAGCAACUGAAGGAAAUGGAACAGAGCGGGGCCUUGAAGCAGGAAUUGGAGGCGGUAAAACUGGCCCAGGUCCAACUGCAACAGGACCUUAACGCUGCGCGAGCUGAAAACCAGAAGCUAAGGUCCAAGGAAAAAACCAAGCACUCAAGUGUCCUCAACCUGGAGAUCGAAGCAGCCGAAAAAUCCCUUACCGAAGUUAGUGCCAAGCUGAUGGCCAAGUCAAGUGAGCUGGAUGCUGUCAGGGAAUCGCUGGCCAGCAAGGAAAAUACUAUUGUCCAGCUGCGGAAGGAAAUCGCCAUUCUGGAAGAGGCCAAAAACGGAGAGGCGGCUCACUCCCAACAGCUAAAAGAACAGAUUGAUCGCAUGCAGGUGCAGGUCAAGGACGCCGUUUACAGUAAGCAGCAGGCGCUCACUCAGAACAAGGAUUUGGAGCAGGGUGUUGAAAAGGCCAGGCUGGAGUCGGAGCAAUUGCGUCUCCAACUGGCGGAAAGUGCACAGCAGUAUGAAUGCAGGUUAAGUGCGGCCACCCAGCAACUUACAACGCGAACAGACGAGCUUGAGGUGCAUUUGACGGAACAAAAGCGAUUGGAGACGGCUCUUCGAAAUGCAGAACGGGCCCAGGAUGAUCUAAGAGUGGAGUACACCGAAUACAAGCUAAAGGCACAGUCAGUGUUGCGCAAAAACCAAAGUAAGGGCUCUAACCGGGAACAAGAGCUGGAAGAGGAGUUAGUCGGCCUUCGGGAAAGUGAACGCAAUCUGCGGGCCAGCAACGAUGAAAAAGCUGCACGCCUGGCCCAGAUGGACGGUCAGAUAGAGGCACUGAGGCAGGACAACGCUGAUCUGCAAAAGCGCAUCAAAGAGCUCUUGUCACUGGUGGACGAAUUACGUCAGCAAAACGACCUUCUAUCGCUGGAGAACCAACGCCAACUGCAAUUCCAACACGACCUGAUGCAGCAGCAUCGCCAGCAAGUUGAUCAACUGGACGCCGGACACCAGUUGCAACUAAAGCAGGUGCAGCAACAGUUGGAGGAGGCACAGCAAAAGCAGAUUAACGUGUCCCAACAUAGCAGUGCUUCCGCCGUGAGUGGAGAGCCCAGUCCGGAACAGGCUAAGAUUGAUUACUUGCUCAUGGACCACGAACCAGGUUUAGAUAACCAUGUUGGCGAUACCUCCCUGGGCCAACUGGCUGCUCAGCGAAAGAUAUCCACUGCCUCGAGACGCUCACACGACUUCAUGCCGCUUGACGAGCUGCUCAACACUUCUAUGAACCAAAUAACCAGUGACACUGUAACUACCAUCUCCAAUUUCGGACGCAGUGUUUCCCAGCAGGAGGAUGAAGAAGCGGAACUGGCCGCACGCGGGGACUUUUCCGUCCAGAGUGCUCAACUCCAGGCCACAAAGGAACGUUUGGGUAUACAAGAAAGUCGCGUCAAGCACUUGACUUCCCUGUUGGCUGAGAAUGAACAGGAUCUGGCAAAAUUGACGCAGAUGAACGACAUGCUUAAGGAGGAAUUGCGUCGGCAAGAGCGUUCUGAGGAGCGGGAACAGCACAUGCACAACUCCGAGUAUUUGAAGAACGUCUUCUUAAAGUUCCUUACACUAAACAAUGUGGAUGAGCGCCAACGUUUGGUUCCCGUGCUUAAUACAAUUCUCCGUUUGAGUCGCAACGAGAUGGAGAUGCUCAACUCUGUAGCCAAAGGACAGAAGGUGUCUUCAGAUGGCAGCAGUCGCAGCUGGACGGGAUUCCUUUCCGCGUGGAGUGGAGGAGGCGGCCCCAAUAACAACAACUAGCUAUCAUCAUAAUCUUUUUUGGUAUAGUUGCAUGUGAAUAGUCGCCAGUCUUUUAUCACUUGCAUAGCAUACAUUCUGUAAAUCUUGUACACUUUCUUUUGUAUUGAUGUAUUUUAAAAUUGCCCGUUGCUAUUUGGCACACCGUACUUUGUACACUUGAUAUAUGUUCAUAUCUGUUGUAUUGAGUGCCCUUUACAGCACUCUCUGAGCAAUACACACAUUGCAGAUUGAAGUCCUUCUCGGUUCAAGAAAAAUCAUUAUUUUUUAAAUAGUUUCUUUAAUUUGAAAUUCUAUUACGAUAUAGAUCAGACUAUAAAUCAGAUGCA